GUGGACUUGAAGGAAUGCCUUCUCUACGUCUGCUGUGAUAACAAGCUCUAUUGUGAAUUCUAUAAUUUCCUUUGCAUUGGGUUGAGCUUCCCGCAGCGAGGUGUCCGUUUCGUAUCUACCAGCGAUUGUAUUCAGGUUAUUACAGUAGCGGGUGAGUAG